CGGACGCAAUUCCGGGAAGUUCCAAGCGGAGAAGAAGAAGAAGAAAAAGAGGACGAAUAACGAUCAUAAAGCCCCCAAACGAUUGCCUCACCAAUGUGUUCGACUAUCCAAAAACACGGAUGACGACGGCGGAUUGAUCAAACGCUCAGACUGACCCCGAAACGACCCAGUCAGUUCCAGUGGGAGGGAAUAGGAACGGCACUCGAAAACGUGAUAUCAGUCAAUCAGUCAGUGAUUCUCUAUUUUAUCGAGAACUAAGCCGUUAUUAGAAAAGAAGAAUCGAAACGAAAGCAGAUAGCGAUUAACCGUUUCCAACCGAGAACCCUCGCGAGCUGUUUUUAGUGCAGUGAGAAUUGGCCCCGUCGCGCCGAGGCAAGUGUAACAAAUCGAAGAAAUUGGUGCAAGAAAAUACAUUUGGAAAGUGAAAAUUCCAUUCUUUCGCGUUCGAAACAAGAUCAAUUUUCGCCAACCAAUAGCAAAAAAAAGGAGGGAGUUUCGUUUUGUAAGCCAGAAAAAGGCUAAUGACUCUUUGCUGAACCUCUCACGAAAGGGGGAAAACUUCUAUCCGUGCGCAGUAGUUGAUGUUGAGAGGCAAAAAGUGUUGGUAAAGAGCAAACAAGAUCCAGCAGCAGAUCCCGGACCGCAUCAUCAUCAUCAGCAACAACAACAACUUGGCCAGCGCUUCAAGACUGGACUGAGAGCGCGCACAUUCCAGGGCGCACAAGAGAGACCAAGUGGAGGUAAAAAUAACGCGAUGAAGCACAAAUCCAUUUUGCUGUUGUGUCUUUUGGUGGGGCCAGCACUGGCCAUGCCAAACAUGGAACCAAUCUAUUCCCGUGCCAACCGAAAUCCGCUGGAGGUGACGGAGGAGUUGAUCGUCACUACGAAUGCUCUGCCGCUGAAUGGAGCCAAAGACGAUGAUCAUCAAACGACGACCUCGACAGCAGCGCCAUCAUCCCAGUCGACUGUGGCACCGGCGACAUCCACGACGACACCAGCCCCAUCUACGGCACAGGAUGGCAAUAGCAGCCUUCUAUUCAAACGACCGGAUAUACCGCUGAAAACCAAGCUCGCAACUUCGGGAUAUGUCGUGUCCACCAGUACUAAAAUUCUUACCAGUGCUGGAAUACAACACCUUCCGAAGGCUUCCAGUAUGGAAGGGAAAGCCAAUGAACGCGUUGUCGCGUAUGAAAGCUUCCCAAGCCACAGCGGAGUUGCCGAACCAGUGUCCGACGAAGAGUUCCGCAAAGAAAUUGUCAAACCUACGGAACGAGGUCCAAUCCGACUACAAACAACUACACCGAGAGAAGGAUUAUCAACGUGGGUUUUGCUCAGUGGUAGCAAUUCGGUAACGUCAACUGAAUCGAAGAAGGAAAUAGUGAACACAACGAAAAAACCCUACACUAGCACCACUAGACGCCCCGCGACAACGAGUGGCCGAAAGCCGGUGACUACCCCACGUAGACGAACGACCACCAAUACACGAUCUACGUCGAUUAUAUCGGACGAAAAGAAGGAAAAGAUCAACAAGUUUAUAAACCGUAUCAAGGCAAGCUCUUUUCAGGAAAUGAUUAAGCCAAAGUUGGAUAAUAGUACCUUGAUCACCAAGAAGCCAAAGAAAACUUUGACGACCACUUCUACGACAACGACUCCGGCAACCACGACUACAACAACUACAACGGAAUUGACAAUUACAGAAGCAUCUCUCGGUAGCACCGCUGCCGACGAUCAUCCAGAAGAUAAUGCCCUCGAGACGUCGACCUUCCUAAUUCUGGAACCGAAAGAUGCUAUGUUCGAUCUUCCCGAGGAUCGUUCUCCGACCAAGGUUGGUAAGAAGAAACCCACCCGAAAAACAGCAACAUCCACGAAGAAAAAAACCAUCAAGAAGAAACCCGAAGAAAAGGUUGCUGUGGGCAAACCGGGUGAUAAGGUUAAACCGACAAAGGGCAAACCGAUGACUACUCAGAUCAUGAAUUUCCUAUCCCGGGAGGUUAUGCCAACGGUUGGAGUCGGUCUCGUUGGGCUGGUCAUCACAGCCGGUCUAGCUUCGUACUUCCUCGGCAGUCCGUUAACGGCAGCACUUCGUAGAUCUGACGAAACUAACCGGAAGGAUGAUGUUUACUUCUCAAACUUUGAAGAUUACGCCACAACCGACGGUCAGAAUGAGGAAGAAGUCUUCGGAAAACUGAUCGCUGGUAUGCCUGAACGAUCCUACUACCGUAAUAACAUUCGCCGACGAAUCAGUCAACCGUCCCGAACCGGUCAUCAGUAUGGAAACUAUCACGUACAAAGUUACUCCGCCAAUAAGUACCCCCACAUAAACUAUCGAAACCGGCCAGCAUACGCCGGGACUCCGGAAAUGUACGCCAUGUACAACCGAAACGUCCAGGCGAAGUCACACAACGAAUUCUUUUACAACACACCACCGAGCUUCCAGACGAAGAUGAGCACCCCGUUGUUCACACCUUCGGAAAGCCCGGUAUACACGUCGACUUCGACAACACAAACACCACUGACAAGUGCCGAUCCAGCUCCAGCAUCGGUCGAAAACAUGGACGAUCCAGAGGAAUCGAGUCCCGAGAUGCUUCCGAAUCCAGCGCCUUACACGGCAGAACACAGACCGGAACAUCACGCCCAGUACGUAGUAGGAAGCAUCUACCAUCAGGACAAUAGCAUGCUGGAUAUCAUCACUUCCGCACCCGUACCGGAACAUGGUCCCCGUCGUCGAAAGCGUGAUCUUAGCAUCGAACGAAACGAAAGCGAUCUGGACAAUGAAAUUGUAGGAAGUGAAGAGGAGAAACCACACCCCUCAAGCACCACCACAUCGACGGCAUCGGCUGAAGUUGCUGACCUGGAGGGUAGCAACGGAACCACCGAGGACGAUAAGAACACCAGCGUUGGUGUACUGCCAGCUAACGAGGGACCGAUCACGUGGUCGGAACUGAUUCGCAACACGGUCGAAAUGAAAAUGGUUAUGGGUAUCAAACUGCUGCAGGAGAUGACGUCGCAGUUUCAGAGAUAUCUGAACGGAGUUCAGAACCGUGUCGGUGGUGUUUUCAAUCAGACUACGGUUCGCCAGUGAUCUCUGGAAUCUCUCAUCCAAAUUUAGAGUUAAGCGACAUUCGGGAUACUCCAAUGGCGAGCGAAUAAUAGAUAAUAGAAACCGGUCGGGUGUUGAACGGGGACACGAGCUUGAGGAUUGAAUUCUCGUUGCUGUCACAGUUAGGUUUUACAUAACCCCACAAACUGAGACGGAUGAAUUUCCUUCGACAAUUCUCGGUGGUUUGUUUACAUGGGAGUUACGUGAGUUCGAAUGUAACAGAUGAGUACCCGUUGCACUCGAAUCCACGCAACUGACAAAGUAAACAACCUAUCGAGAAGUGUCAAACAUGAACUUCAUUCAUCAUGAGUUCAUUCGUGUCGUCAUGUUGUAGAACUCAGUAGGUUCUGUGAUGGCUUAAAUCUACGCGCCUAAUUCAUCUACUUUCAUUCGAAACUCAUUAUUUCAUUGUCAUCAUUUUCGGAAACAUACACUGCCAUCUAUCAAUCAUCGAGAAGAAACAUUUUAACUUACCUUUACCCAUCGGAAAAUCGCGUCCAAUGAGAAUUGUCUCCUGAUCUCGUAUCUCCAACAAAAUCACACCCAAACCGUGUAGUAGUACUGCACAUGGAAAGCAAGUGUCAUGCUGGAAAACUGACCCUGCUUUCCAUGUAUUGAUGAUGGUUUUUGAAAACGCACCCUCGGCCUGCUAGGAUGAAACUGCUUGGGGUAACUUUCGAGUGUUUUUGAUUCAUCGCUUUGCGCACGCAGCGCCUGCUUUGUUUUCUUUUUAGUUAUUCGAACACCUUGAAUUCAGUCAAUUUGUACUACGAAAUCGGGCAGUAAAAAAAAUGCGGAUGAACGAUGGUGUUGUGAAAUCUUAUUUCGGCAUUGUUGUACAUACCUUUAAGACA